CAAUAGGUAUAGCAAUCAUCAAGUUUUAGGAGGAAAACCUUGACAUGAAUAGGGAGCGUCCUUAUAACUGUGAGCUAUGCAUUAAAACUUUCAAAACUGCACAAUCAUUAAAACAACAUGAAAUUGUCCAUGUCGAAGAACGACCUUAUAAGUGUGAGAUAUGUGAUAAAACAUUCAAAACGAAGCAUAUGUUGAAACAACAUAAAUUAGUACAUAUCGAAGAACACCCUCAUAAGUGUGAGACAUGUGAUAAAACAUUCAAAACGAAAUAUAUGUUGAAACAACAUGAAAUAGUCCAUAUUGAAGAACACCCUCAUAAGUGUGUGAUAUGUGAUAAAACAUUUAAAACGAAGUAUAUAUUAAAACAACAUGAGAUGACCCAUAUGGGAGAACCUUAUAAGUGUGAGUUAUGCAAUAAAACAUUUGCAUCAAAAUACACAUUGAAUGCGCAUGCAAUGAUCCAUAAGGGAGAAAGACCUUAUAAAUGUGAGAUAUGCAACAGGUCUUAUUCAACUAAACAUUUAUUGAAACAACAUGAAAUGAUCCAUAUCAAUGUGCGACCUUAUAAUUGCGAGGCAUGUGGUAAAACAUUUAAAUCAAAAUAUAUAUUAAAACAACAUGAAAUGAUUCAUAUCGAAGAUCAGCCUAAUAAGUGUGAGAUAUGCAAUAAAUCAUUUGCAACGAAAUACAUAUUAAAUCGGCAUAAAUUGAACCACAAUGGAGGAUGCUCUCUUAAAUGUGAGGCAUGUAAUAAAAUAUUCAUAACAAAGCAAUCAUUAGAGAAACAUGAAUUGUUAAUGCAUGCUGCAGAAUGAGAUUUGUU